GUCACUGUACAAAUGCAGGCGCGAGGCGAUUCGUCGGCUCUGGACGGAGUUUAGAUCAUCGAACCAUCUGUCUUUCUAUAAAUCCGCAUUUUGGAGCCACUUUUCUAAGCGCCGAUUCCUCUACUGCGCCGCUUCUUCACUCUCUCAUUAGCUCAUUCUUGACUCCACAAUCACAAAUCCCGUCUUGGUAAACAUGUCGACUGUCGGUCUCCCAUCUAGUUGUGUGUCCAUUCCUGCAACUCAUGCCAGAACUAAGAGUGCCUCUGUCAAGUUCCCAUCGUCUCCAGUGUCUAUUAAAAGCACCACUAAAUCUUUCGGUUUGAACUUGAAAGCUGACUCUCGCUUCAGAGCAUCUGCAAAUGCAGUAUACAAGGUCAAGUUGAUAGACCCUGAUGGCAAUGAGCACGAGUUUGAUGCACCUGCCGAUGCUUACAUCCUGGACUCUGCAGAGGCGGCAGGGAUGGACCUGCCCUAUUCUUGCAGGGCUGGUGCAUGCUGCACUUGUGCUGGGAAGAUCGCGUCCGGUUCUGUUGAUCAAUCUGAUGGAUCGUUUCUUGAUGAUAGCCAAAUGGAAGAGGGAUAUUUGCUGACUUGUGUCGCUUACCCGACCUCAGAUUGUGUGAUUCACACUCACAAGGAGACUGAGCUUUUCUAGGUAUUACUUCACAGCUUAUUCCCUUGUAGCAGUUACAUGACUGACAACAGUAUGUUAGCUUGUUUUCUUGAAUUGUCAGGAUUAUGAUUCAAUUGGCAUUGCCUUCCCCCAUUUCA